GAGCAAACAAAAGGAGGCAAAACGGCAGGGAUUGGUCAAUCGAGUUGAAAUAGGAAACAACUUCGCGCGCUCGUAAAGCACUUCUCCAGAUCAGGACCAUGGAGAGCUCUAAACUGUGGACGAGAGCGGUAGUUUGUACAGCGUUGCUGUCCAUCCUAUGUGGUGCUGAAACGAGCGACUCAGAAAUGGAAGUGGAUUUGGAAACGAGAAACAUUCACGACUUCUAUCCACAAAAUCCGAAUCUAACGAACGAAAAACGUCUUCUUGGAGCUCUACACGAAGUUCUAAAAAAACUGCAGACCAAAAGAAUUAAUCCAUGGGAAAAGAAAUUCGGACAAGUUCCCACUUGCGACGUAGGGGAGCAUUGCGCAGUGAGGAAAGGUGCUCGAAUCGGCAAAAUGUGCGACUGUCCACGGGGAGCUUUCUGCAACUUCUUUCUGUUGAAGUGCUUGUGAAUGGAGGUUUAUUGGAUUCAAUCCCCUAUCAUUGUGUUAUUUAAAAGAGGGAUAAUAAUGUAACAUAUGUCAUUAUUUUUAUGAAUAUUUUUCAAAUACAGGCGGACUAUAAUUGUCAAUGUUAUGGUGGGACCACCAAUUAGAUAAUGGUACAUCCUAUCGUUUCCUGGACUUAGAUUAAACAUUUGUGUCACCUAAGUGUAACUGAGCUCUCUAUAUUGUGCAAUAAAGUGUGUCACAACUUC